UCAAAUCUAAUGAAGAGAAAGAAGAAGAAGCCAUCAUAAUUAACUAACGGUAAGAACGAACAUAAAUGAAAAUGGGAAAACUGUUCCUUGGAAAUAGGGAAGAAUUCUCUGAAUGACUUUGAAAAUAUAAAAUAUCUACUAAAUCCUAAGAUGCAAAGUUCUUUGAAGGCCGAAUAGACGCAAAAUUCUUGGCGCGCAUCGGGUAUCUCUGGCGGUCGAAUAUUUCGUUCAUUAGGCUUCUCUUGGCCAUCUGUUUUCUCAUUUUCAAACUUCAGUUGUUUGUGUAUUUGUCUUGUUUGCCAACAAAUGGUAAGAAUAUUAAGGGCCUGCAUGCAAUCUUUGUUGAAAUUCGUGAAUUCUGGAAAUGGGAUGGUUGGAAUCGCCAUGAUUUUGUACGGAAUUUGGUUGAUGAGGGCUUGGCAGAGGCAUUUGGGCCAUUUGCCAUAUGAAGGACCCAGUGACCCAAUUCCAUGGUUCAUGUACAGUUUUCUUGGCCUAGGAAUUCUUUUAUGUGUGAUCACAUGCUUGGGUCAUAUUGCAGCAGAAACUGCUAAUGGUUGUUGCCUUCAUCUGUAUAUGCUGCUUCUCUUUAUGGUUAUCAUGGUUGAGGCUGGGGUGACAACAGAUGUAUUUCUGAAUCGUGACUGGGCUGAGGAUUUUCCAAAAGAUCCAAGUGGAUGUUUUGAUCAGUUCAAACAUUUCAUCAAAUCAAACUUCAAUAUCUGCAAAUGGAUAGGGAUCUCAACUGUGUCUAUUCAGGGUUUGUCUCUCUUGUUGGCAAUGGUACUAAAAGCUAUUGGAUCACGUCGAUAUUACGAAAGUGAUGAUGAGUAUGCUCCUGAGAGGCUUCCAUUUCUUAAGAAUGCUCUUCACUCACCAACUACAUGUGUUAUUGGGGACCCUGUUUUUCCAUCUAAAAAUGAUACAUGGAACAAACGAACCGACGACGAGUAACUCUGCAGAAGAAGCAGCAUAUUAACUUGUAUUGAAUCCUCCCAUUGCAUUUCAGAAAAAUGUUCCUGAUGUGUUCAGAUGUCAUAUUGACAAUACAAAUAUAAUAUGUAAGUAAUGUUAUAGACAUUGGGGUUCACGUACUGUUCUAGUAAAAUUUAUUUCUUGAUGGUA